AUGCUGCUGUUUAAAGAGAAGCCUGUGAAAAUGGAAAAUGAGACCUCUGUCCAGGAAUUUAUCCUGGAGGGCUUUCCUGGUGGUCAGCACUUGGGAAAAGUCCUCUUCCUGAUGCACUUGCUGGCAUACCUGGCAUCCAUCACAGGAAAUGUGGUCAUAGUCACUAUCACUUGCAUUGAUGCUCGCCUCCACACAUCGAUGUACUUUUUUCUCAGCAUAUUCUCCUGCUUAGAGUGUUGUUUCACAAGUUCUGUUAUUCCUAAAUUGAUGGUCAUCUUUCUUUUAGGCAAACAAAAAAUUUCCUUUGCUGCCUGUUUUACACAAGCUUUUGUAUUUGUAUUUGUGGGAGUAACAGGUUUUUUCUUAAUAGCUGUGAUGUCUCUGGAUCGGUACUUGGCUAUUUGCAGACCACUGCAUUACAGCACCAUUAUGAACUUGAGGACUUGUCUGCUUCUGGUCACUGCUUGCUUUGCUUUAGCUUUCAUUCUCACUACUGGCCUGGUGAUAAAAAUUUCCCAAUUAUCCUUAUGUGGCCCCAAUAUCAUCUCUCACUUCUUCUGUGACCUUGGCCCUCUGAUUCAUCUUUCCUGUUCUAACACCAAAUCAAUUGAACUAUUAACUUUCAUUCUGGUUUCAUUUAUUCUUAUUAUAUCACUUAUUAUAACCAUCACUGCAUACAACCACAUAGUAGUCACAAUAAUCAAUCUUCCAUCAGCUAAGGAAAGACAGAAGGCAUUUUCCACCUGCUCAUCUCACCUCAUUGUCCUCUUUCUGAUGUAUGGCAGUUGUGUCUUUAUAUAUGUGAAACCAAAGCAAUCCAGGAGACUGGAUUCCAACAGAGGGGCUGCCCUUGUGAACACUGUGUUUACCCCACUGCUGAACCCUGUCAUUUACACACUACGGAACAAGCAAGUACAUCAGGCUCUGAAAGAGAAUGUGUGUAGAAUGAAAGUAGCAAGAUAA